AUGGCCGUCACAAGUUCUUCUGAGCCUCAAGCAUCUGAUCCUCCUGCUGAAGCCUGGUUGGCCGAGCUUGAGGAUCAGAUCGCAGACGAAGAGAGCUGGGGGGACCAGAGAAACACCGAGGCCGCCUCAAUCAUCCUGCACAUGCUCUCUUCGUUUCAUGAAAAGGGAUAUGUGGCUGCUUUGGAAGCUGCGCUGAAGAUCGGCGCCGAUUAUUGGGCCCGGUUCCUACCUUCAAGCCAAGAUCCUCUUCGCAAGCCGUACAGGUUGGAAGACAAAGGCAUGCCAGAAUACCUGGCGCACCUUUAUGACUUGAUCUUACACCAGUCAUGGCUUCUGCCGUACUAUGAUGAACGCCAAGACUUACUGACCAGAUUCUUGGUCGAGCUGUCGCAUCUGCCGAAAGUCACGUACAAGAGUGAAGGGGAAGAAUAUCACGCUUUCCACAACGACCCUGUGUUCGGAAUAAUGUGCGAAGAAGAAUGGAAUGGGAAAUUUGCCUCUGACCGACCUGAGCCUGAGGACCCGAAGCAGAAACAAGCCUUCAUCCGAAGGUGCGAUCAAUGGGUCAACUUUUCUUCUUUCCAAGCUCGCUACCAUGGUGCCGAGAUCUACAAGCCGUGGUCAACACACUUGAAGUAUCCCAACGUCGAUAUCGAGUUGGCGCUGGAGAAGGACCUGCCCAAAGGAAAGCUAGCAGAAUGUCGAUUGUUGGUUGCAUCAGAGUGGAUUAUCCAUGCUGGAAAGGUCAUCUAUGCGGACAUGAAGAGGAUCAACAAUGAUUUGUGGGGGUUGGAAAGAUGGAAGAGUUGGGCUGGGAAACUUGAGGAGAUUCUGAAGGCUGGAGAGCAAAGUGAAGACGUCACUAUCAACUUGCGAGCUGCAUUGGACGAGAUGAUCUCCAUCGACAGAGACAGUCUCGAGGGAAAAUAG